GUUUUCUACUCCUACUUUUCUUCAAAUAUGAAAAUGAAAUGAUCCUUGAGCUUAGCUUGACUAUCAUAAUCUCUUCCUCACAUAUUCUUCUUACUCACAAUUUCACGAUCCAAAACUGAAGAUGAGCUGGUGGUGGGCUGGAGCUAUCGGCGCUGCAAAGAGAAAAUUGGAUGAAAACGAAGCACCGGCGAAUGUCGCUCUGGUGGUGGGGGUGACCGGAAUCGUGGGGAACAGCAUGGCGGAGAUCCUGCCGCUCUCCGACACUCCGGGCGGCCCGUGGAAGGUUUAUGGUGUUGCGCGGCGCCCCCGCCCCUCCUGGAGCGAGGAUCACCCGAUCAACUACAUCACCUGCGAUGUUUCCGAUCCCGACGAUGUCGAAGCGAAGCUAUCCUCUCUCACCGAUAUCACCAACAUUUUCUAUGUCACUUGGACUAAUAGAUCCACUGAGAAGGAGAAUUGUGAAGCUAAUGGCAAAAUGCUGAGGAAUGUGCUGAGUGUUGUGAUCCCUAAUUGCCCCAAUUUGAAGCAUAUCUGUUUGCUUACUGGUAGGAAGCAUUAUCUAGGUUCAUUUGAGAGGCUAUGGAGUACUCAAGCUCACGAUCCACCGCUUACUGAGGAUUUGCCUCGAUUGGAUUGCCCGAAUUUCUACUAUACCCUAGAGGACAUUCUGUUUGAGGAGGUUGGGAAGAAGGCGGGCUUGACUUGGUCUGUGCAUCGGCCUGGGAAUAUAUUUGGCUUCUCUCCGUAUAGCAUGAUGAAUUUGGUUGGGACGCUUUGCGUGUAUGCGGCUAUCUGCAAGCAUGAGGGUGCAGUGUUGAGGUUUCCGGGUUGCAGGGCUGCUUGGGAUGGGUACUCGGAUUGCUCGGAUGCAGACUUGAUUGCGGAGCAUCAGAUAUGGGCGGCUGUGGAGCCUUACGCGAGGAAUGAGGCGUUUAAUGUGAGCAAUGGGGAUGUUUUCAAAUGGAAGCAUCUCUGGAAGGCGCUGGCGGAGCAGUUUGAGGUGGAGUGUGGGGAGUUCGAGGAAGGGAAGGGUGUGAAAUUGCAGGAGGUGAUGGAGGAUAAAGGCCCGGUUUGGGACGAAAUCGUGAGGGAGAAUGGGUUGUUGUCCUACAAGUUGGAGGAUAUUGGGAAGUGGUGGUUUGUUGAUCUUAUACUUGAGAAUGCAGUCCCAUUGGACACAAUGAACAAAAGUAAGGAGCAUGGAUUUCUUGGAUUCAGAAAUUCAAAGAAUUCCUUCCUUUCAUGGAUUGAUAAGGUGAAAGCUUACAAGAUUGUUCCUUAAAAUGUAUUCAUGUCUACUCUGUGCUUUGUGAAUGAGUUUGUUACCUUGGUUAUUAGUUUCUUUAUAGAAUGAAAUAGAACAAUGUUGUAAUAAUAUUGAUUUCAAUUGGGAUGAGAAAAUGAUGUUGCAUUGUGCAAGUUUA